CUCAGAUCGACGAUAAAUGAAACACCCCAGGAGGACAAGCUGUGGGAAACUCUCGUGCCGCCCGCGAGCUGGCCAUCCACAGGCAUGAUCGAAGUCGACAAUAUCACUGUGUCCUACAAUCCAAAUGCAGUCGCUCUUAAGAAAAUCAGCAUGAAGAUUCCAGCUGGCCAGAAACUUCUCAUAUGCGGAAGAUCCGGAAGUGGCAAAAGCACUAUUUUCCUGACGCUCCUCCGCCUCUUGGAUGCUCAAGAAGGUUCCAUCAAAAUCGAUGGCAUCGACAUAGCUCAAAUUCCGCGAUCAAUACUGCGCCAGCAGUGUUUCAUAACCGUGCCUCAAGAUCCAUUUGUCUUUGUCGAUGCCAGCCUUAGAUUCAAUAUCGACUUAUCGGAAACUCUAGAUGAUGAUGUUAUCGUUACUGCUCUAGAGAAGACACAUUUAUGGGAGCACUUGUCAAUCCACAGUAAACAACAGCAAGAUUCGAAUGUUUGUGAAUGCGCCGUGCCGAGCACUUUCAACGCACUGGAUCUACCACUCUCAGCGUUUCCCGUGUUAACCACAGGGCAGCUUCAACUCCUCUCCCUUGCUCGCGCGAUUCUCCGGUCACAGUUUAUGGGGAGGUAUUCGGAUGAGCUACCACUGUCUACUAGUUCCAGUGAACCAAAACGAAGUCUUCUCCUGGAUGAAGCGACAUCGUCGCUCUAUCCAGAAACGGAUUCAAUCAUGCAAGAAGUGAUCCGUGAGGAGUUUACAGAAAAGGGGCACACUGUUAUUGCCAUCUCGCAUAGAUUGAGUACACCACCUCCAGGAAGCUCGGAUGCUGUGGUGUGGAUCAAUAAUGGGAGAGUUGAAAAGAUAGGUCGUAGGGAUGAGAUGGUGGCGUUUGAAGCUGGGUCAGAAAGUUAAGGUCUUUGAGGCAGAAUUUCAAUAGGCAUUUACCCC